CUCUCCGUAUCGCCCCAACGAAUCUUCUUUAUAUGUACAGCUUUUGAGAAUCCCACCCUUCAAAACAAACACGUACCAGUCUCUCUCUCUUCCCCCCCAACCUCUCUCUUUCUGAGGAGGAGGAAGAAGAAGAACAAGAAGCCAUGGUUGUGAUGAGAAAAGACAUUGUUACAGGGUUGACAAUAGCGAUAAUGGUGGUGGCGGCAUGUGAGAUUGAGAUAUGCAUGUCAGAUUCAACCAACACCACAAUGAUUAACAGAGGAAGUUUCCCCAAGGGUUUUGUUUUCGGCACUGCCUCUUCUGCUUUCCAGUAUGAAGGAGCUGUGAAGGAAGAUGGAAGGGGUCCAUCAGUAUGGGAUACAUUUUCACAUACUUUUGGCAAGGUACUAGAUUUCAGCAAUGCCGAUGUUGCUACAGAUCAAUACCACCGUUAUGAAGAAGAUAUACAGCUCAUGAAGGAUAUGGGAAUGGAUGCCUAUAGGUUUUCCAUUUCUUGGACUCGGAUUUAUCCCAAUGGAACUGGGCAAAUCAAUCAGGCAGGGGUUGAUCAUUACAAUAAGCUCAUCAAUGCUUUACUGGCCAAAGGGAUUGAACCAUACGUGACCAUCUAUCACUGGGAUCUUCCACAAGCCUUAGAAGACAAGUACAACGGAUGGCUUAGCCCUCAAAUCAUAAAGGACUUUGCAACUUAUGCUGAUACAUGCUUUGAGAAAUUUGGGGACAGGGUGAAGCACUGGAUCACAUUCAACGAGCCCCAUACAUUUACUACACAAGGUUAUGAUGUUGGUCUCCAAGCACCUGGACGCUGCUCUAUUCUCCUUCACCUAUUUUGCAGGGCUGGCAACUCUGCGACUGAACCUUACAUUGCUGCUCACAACGUCCUUCGUUCUCACGCAACAGUAGCAGAUAUUUAUAGGAAAAAAUACAAGAGUACACAAGGUGGAUCACUUGGGAUAGCGUUUGAUGUCAUUUGGUACGUGCCAGCAACAUACUCCAAAGAAGACAUUGAAGCAACUCAAAGAGCUCAGGAUUUUCAGCUUGGCUGGUUUCUUGAUCCUCUAAUGUUUGGAGAUUAUCCAAGCUCAAUGAGAAGUAGAGUAGGAAGCAGGCUGCCAAAGUUUACUCAAUCUGAGGUUGCUCUUCUUAAGGGUUCAUUAGAUUUUGUGGGAAUUAAUCAUUACACUACGUUUUAUGCAAGAAACAAUGCUACUAAUUUAAUUGGAGACCUACUCCAUGAUUCCAUUGCUGACUCUGGAGCCAUCACCUUGCCAUUCAAUGGUACCAAAACUAUUGGAGAAAGGGCAAAUUCUAUAUGGUUGUAUUUAGUGCCACAAGGCAUGAGAAGCUUAAUGAAUUACAUCAAACAAAAGUAUGGGAACCCUCCUGUGUUCAUCACUGAAAAUGGGAUGGAUGAUCCAAAUAGCCCAUUUACCUCCAUUAAGGAUGCCCUGAAGGAUGAGAAAAGGAUUAGAUACCACAGUGGCUAUUUGUCCAGCUUACAAGCAUCCGUCGCUGAAGAUGGGUGCAAUGUGAAAGGGUACUUUGUAUGGUCCCUACUGGAUAACUGGGAGUGGGCUGCUGGAUACACUUCCAGAUUUGGUCUCUACUUUGUUGAUUACAAAGACAAGCGGAAGAGAUAUCCCAAACAGUCUGUACAAUGGUUCAAGAACUUCCUGAAAUCAGCCCAUUAACAAUACAGCUAAUAUAUCAGAACAGGGGGAUUUACACAUAUACAGUGAAGGUUUAUUGUUGAUUGCAGAGUAAAAAAAUUAAAUUUAUUUUCAAUUAGAAGGGAUUAUGAUGAUUAUGAUGUUUAGACAGAAUGUAAAAUCAUGUCAUUGUUUAUAAUUAGACGCUGCUUCUGCAGUUAUGGGUGUCUUAAAAAAUAGUGUGAUGAUGUUCCUUCAAUUAUCAUUUUUUAGAAGAUUUUAUGAGUCA